AGUGACCCUGCCGGUGGACCCUGCCCAGAGUGACCUGCCCGGUGUGAACAUGCCCAGUGACCUGCCAGAGUGGACCCUGGCCCAGAGUGACAUGCAACGGUCCCGGGGGUGUCCCGGGGGUGUCCCCGUGUGCCAGCCCAGCCCUGCCCUCCCUGCCAGGCGGAAGCUGGACCUGUUUGCCAACGUGGUGCACGUGAAGAGCCUGCCCGGGUACCAGACCCGGCACAACAACCUGGACCUGGUGAUCAUCCGCGAGCAGACCGAGGGCGAGUACAGCUCCCUGGAGCACGAGAGCGUGAAGGGGGUGAUCGAGUGCCUGAAGAUCAUCACCCGCGCCAAGUCCCAGCGCAUCGCCAAGUUCGCCUUCGACUACGCCACCAAGAAGGGCCGGGCCAAGGUCACGGCCGUGCACAAGGCCAACAUCAUGAAGCUGGGGGACGGGCUGUUCCUGCAGUGCUGUAAGGAGGUGGCAGAGCUGUACCCCAAGAUCAAAUUCGACACCAUGAUCAUCGACAACUGCUGCAUGCAGCUGGUGCAGAACCCGUACCAGUUCGACGUGCUGGUGAUGCCCAACCUGUACGGGAACAUCGUGGACAACCUGGCGGCGGGGCUGGUGGGCGGCGCGGGCGUCGUGCCCGGGGAGAGCUACAGCGCCGAGUACGCCGUGUUCGAGCUGGGUGCCCGGCACCCCUUCGCCCAGGCCGUGGGCAGGAACAUCGCCAACCCCACGGCCAUGCUGCUGUCGGCCUCCAACAUGCUGCGGCACCUCAACCUGGAACACCACUCCAACGUGAUCUCGGACGCGGUGAAGAAGGUGAUCAAAGGCGGCAAAGUCCGGACUCGGGACUUGGGCGGUUACUCCACCACCUCCGACUUCGUCAAGUCCGUCAUUGACAACCUGCACCCCCACUACGGGGCUUAGGCCCCCCGGCAGCCCCACAGCGCCUCGGCCCCCCCAAACCCCUCCCCGGCCCCCCCUGCCCCCCGGGGAGAAUGGGGGCUCCCCCCUGCCCAGCCCAGUACCUCCAGUAACCCCGUCCCCCCACUCCCAGUUCCCCCAGUAGGGAUGGCUCCAUGGGAGGCCAGGGCGGAUCUCAGGGGCCUUUGGGGUGACAGGGGGGGACGGGGCAGUGCCCCAAACGCACAGGCAGCUUCCAGGGACAUUGGGACCACCAGUACUGUGGGACCACCAUUCCAUGGCCCCUCGUGACUACGGGACCACCAUUCCCAUGGGGCCCCCGGCACUGUGGGACCACCAUUCCCAUGAAGCUUUAAGCAAUAAACGGGACCACAGGGCUCCCCCACCCUCCUUCCCCCCGUCUGCUGCUGGCACAGGGACAGGGGGCCCUGUGGCUCCUGGGACCAGGGACCAGCCCCAGUGUGAGCCCAGGGGUCCCUGUGGCUCCUGGGGUUGCUGUGGGGUGGGAGCUGGGCUGUCAUUGUGCUGUGCUCUGUAACUCCUGCUUGCUAAUAAAGGGUCCAACGCUUCCCUCCGG